AAAGCAAUAACAAACUUAUUUCUGAGAUGGAAAGACCACAAAAAGAUUGAGAACAAAGAGUUGGAUACUGAAGAAGGUUUGGAUUUUGAGAGAGAUGACAUUGAUUUGAUGUUUCAAAAGGUGGACAAUAGAAUUAAAGAUGAGUUUGCUUUCUACUAUCAAAAGGAAAAAAUGAAUUCAGUUUCAGCAGAUAUAUUUCUAACAACUUUAGAUAAUAUUGAAAAGAAAAUAGACAGAAAUUUCUCAGUAUUGUAUAAAGAAAUAGGAAAGAAUGACUUACUGGAUGAGGUUAUCAAUGCAUUGCCAGUUUCCUUCAAGAAAGACAUUAUUAGUAUACAGGAGAAGGUUGAGACAUAUGCAGUAACCUUAAGACUGGCUGAUAACAAGGGCUGGGGCACUGUAUUGCAAAUUAUAGGAAGUAAUAAUAGAAUGAUAGAAAAGUACAAGAAUUGUAUUUCCUUAUUUAGUCAGUUCAAAGGAAAUUAUAGUAAAGUAAAAGUUCUUUUUCCUUUUGAGAAAGAAGCACCUAUGGAACUACUAAUCAGCAAAAAGGUUUUAUCUGUUUUAAUUGUGAAGGUUUUGGGCACAUUGCCUCUAGCUAAUAAAGAACCAAGAAUCAGUUGUAAGAAGAAUGCAAUUAGCAAAGACAUUGCAUUACUAGAGACACAAAAUAGGUCCUUUGCCAGUAGUCAUGAAUUAGUUGGAGAAUGGCAUUCUAUUAUACCCAAAAGGGAUGUUAGUGCUUGCAGCAAAAUCAGUCCUGAAGCAAAUCAUUACUGCCCAGUCAAGCUUUUAAUUGAUUAUAUGUCAAUUAGACCAAAAACAUCCAAUGAUAAGUCACUUUUUUUAUCACAACAAGGUAAACAAAUGACAGUAGGUGCUGUAGGGGCUGUUGUUAAGAAGAUGCCUAAGCUGGCAAGCCUUAAGGGCAGAUUUACAGCACACAGCAUUAGAAUAGAAGGUGCUACUGCCACAAUGGAGACAGGUCUUUCUUUAACCCAGAUCCAUACUAUAGGAGGAUGGGACA